GCGGCUUCCGUUCAUUCGAGACAGUCGCCGCUUCGUGGUCCAAAACCCGGAGACACCAUCAUCUUCUAUCGCUCAUUAACCUGCAGGUUCGGACGACUUAUCCAGCCAAAAAGCUGCGUUUGUCAUCCCGCUUCGUUUCAGCCUUUCAGUCAACCUUGCACACUUUGGCCUGCGCUGCCUAGGAAAUACUCAUCUUAAUCUGAUGACAUCCUCUCCUCCGCAGUCUACCACAAGUCGAUCGAAGCCUGCUGCGUCUGCCACUGGCGCACAAAGCUCAAACCUCGCGAACGGAUCGAAUUUGGCUGCUCAAGGCCGAAACUCGCUCCCAUCCGCCACCAGUCCUUCCUCGUUCAAACCAAAUGCAUCGGAGCCCAACAAAAUGUCAGCAGCAGUUGGAGGUGCUCCGCCCACACACAAUCAUAGCGAGUCUAUGAACGGAAGAAAUCCCACCAUACCUGCGAUUCCCUCUGUCAACGGGAAUGUGUCUCUGCCAGAUUCUACUAGCAAGCCUUCUAUGACAGUCACACCUGCAGGCGCUACAACCAACGGAGGCGCAUCAAGCGGUCCUCAGAACAAGCCUGGAAUACAGUUCGGCUCGAUAGGAAUGGCCAACGCAAAUUCGCCUGCAAUGGGCACGCCUUCCUUGGCUCUUCAAAAUUCUUCCAAUCUCAGCGUCGCUGGAUUGAACCCUGGAGCGACAUCACCAUCAAACUCUCCAUCUCCCAUUCCUCAGCCAGCUGUUGUCAGUGGGGGACGACCUCCAUCCUCGUUCCAGGGCCAGGGCAAUGGUUACACUUUCGGACAGAUGCCAACUCCGGCCGAUCCGUCGGAUCCAAGCGGUUUGUCCCGCCCAAUGUCCCAGCUGCAGUUCGGUGCUCAACAAGACCACAUGAGACGAGGCUCUUCCCAGUCCGUCCAUAGCGAUGUUGGCGGCCCUGGUCUUCCGACUGGUCCUGGUCGCGGUGGCUAUCAAGGACAAGGCGGCCGUGGUCGAGGUUUCAACCCGUCGUAUCAGCAACCUAUGCAGUACUCUCCUCACCAAUCCUUCCGCCCUCCGUCCAACGGUCGCGUGAUGCAAGGUGGAUACCAAGGCAGAGGUCAACAACUUCCGCACUAUCAAGGCUCACCAGCCAUGGGCACGCGCAGCCCGGCGCUUGUCAACGCUACCCCCGGAACCCCGAAUAUGAACCCGUUGCAUAUGGUCGGCGGCAUGCAAGGAAUGCCAGGACAACCCAAUGGAUACUAUAUGGGACCCCAACAUGGCUUCGGUCUCCCCACCCAAGCUGAUCCUAGCAUACAGAUGCUGUACCAACAGCAGUACUAUGGACCAGGUGGCAUGCAGGGUCAAUACCCUCCUCAAUACAUGCAGCCACAAUCUCCCCGCCCCCCCUUCCAGCAGAACGCCUAUGCGCCCAACAUGCAGCCUGCCUACAGCAACCAGGGUGCACCUCCAUCGAUGUCGAGACAAUCUUCUCAGAUGUCUGCGCCUGAGCGACCGGGCUCGAGCAUCGGCCAGCAGCCGCACACACCGGGACCUUCUGGGCCUCCGCAGGCUGCCCGCACUCCCAGUGUCUCUGCGCAAAAACCCAGUUACACAAUUCCUCCCAAGAAGAGUGCUGCCAUCAUAAUCAAGAACACCGCAGGCGAGGUCGUUUCUUUCGCUAAGCCUCCAGCUUCUCCAGCAACUGCAACACCCGUCACUGUUAUAGCUGCUCCUCCUCCUCAACCAGUGCCCACUCCUCCUAGCCGUACAGCCAGUGCCGCCGACAAUGCGCACAACCGUACCGAUAGUGCUGCCGCAAAGACCGCGGAAGAGGCAAGGAAGUCCAUGCAAGAAGCCAUUGCCAAGAAGAUCGCAGAGGACGAGGCUAAGAGCAGAGCCGAAAAAGAGUUGGCUGAAAAGGCGCAAAUGGACAAGGAAGCAGCAGAAGCCGCGGAACGUGAGGCUGCUGAAGCCAAAGCAAGAGCCGAUGCACUGGAGAAAGAAGCUGCAGAGGCUGCGGCUCGCAAGGCUGAGGAAGACGCUGAAGCAGCCAAGGCCGUCGAAGAGGAGAAACCGGAAGAGCAACCGGAAGAGCAGCCGAAAGAGCAGCCGGAAGAGCAGCCGAAAGAGCAACUGGAAGAACAACCGGAAGAAAAGCCAGAGGAGCAGCCAGAAGAGAAGCCCGAGGAGAAAUCGUCGGAGCCAGCUAAAGCCGAGGAAGAGGAGAUUGACUACGACGCGAUCGAGGCUGAACUGGCAGCACAGGAAGCCGAGGAAGCACGCCUAGAAGAAGAAUACAACAAGAAGAAGGCUGCCAAGCUCGAAGCCCAACGAAAGAAAGAGCAAGAAGAGGCUGCUGCUUACGAAGCCAACAUGAAAGAACUGGAGCGCAAAGCUGAAGAGGCGGAGCUCGCUCGCGAAAAGGAAAAGGCCGAUGGGGCAUCUGGCGAUGAGACCAGCAAGAAGUUGUUUGCCGAGCUCAAGGCCAAUCCUUUGGGUACUCCUGCCUCGACCGAGAGUCCUCCUGCUCAGACCCCCGCCGAGAGUGGUACUGCUACUCCUGUUUCGGAUGUCUCGAUGCCACCUCCAGCAGCAAAGGCUCCUGCGAAACGUGGCAAGGCCGCCGAACUAACUCUUGACACUAAGAAGCCAAUUGAGCCGCCUGAGCCUAGCGCCACUUUGAAGUCUCUACAAGCAUCUCAAAAGCUGGAUGAUCUGUCCAAGGUGUCAUACCCCACGGACAUCACAGCACCUGAUUCUUCACUGAACGCCGAUGCGCCGGCUGACCGCAAGUUCAAAUACGACAAAGAAUUCUUGCUGCAAUUCCAGGAUGUCUUCAAGGAGAAACCCACAUUAGACUGGGACCUCCGAAUACGGGACGCUUUGGGUGAUGGCGAUUCUUCUGCUCGAGCCGGUGCUUCUGCCAGGACGCCUUCAGGCAUGGGUAACCGCAGUGCAUCUUCUCGUGGACCUCCAGCCAUGAGCAACUUCGGCGGACCGAUGGGUAGCUUUGGUGGUGCUCGUGGCAACCUACCUCCUGGCACGACCUCUGAACAGCGCUUUGCUGCCUCCAAUGCUGCUGCUCGUGGCGUGCCAAGCAGCAACCCCUUCGCUCAAUUUGGCCGGCCCGGCCAAAUGGCGCCUGCUAUGGGACGCACUCCCUCCAACAAUCCUCUUGGUCCUAUCCCUGGCUCUCCACGCAUGGCUGGUGGUGCAAGCCGAGGCGGAUCUCGUGCUGAGAGUAAGCGCUCCAAACAGAACACUGGCCACGGCCACGGAGACAAUAAAUCAAUGCCCCUUACCGCCGGCAUGAACAUUGGAUCGCUCGAGGUCUCAUCCACCGGAUGGAAGCCUCGCAGUAUUGGCCAGAAUAUCGUCCCUGGCCCUGCCCUUGGUGGCGAUGGCUUAAUGGAGCCUGAUGUGGUGCAGCGAAAGGUCAAAGCUGCUCUCAACAAGAUGACUCCAGAGAAGUUCGACAAGAUCGCGGACCAAGUCUUGGAGAUUGCUGCCCAAUCUAAACACGAAUCCGACGGCCGCACCCUACGCCAAGUCAUUCAACUCACAUUCGAGAAAGCCACCGACGAAGCUCACUGGGCACCUAUGUACGCUGCGUUUGCCCGCAAAAUGUUGGAGAGUAUGAGCCCUGAUAUCCGAGAUGAGGGCAUCAAAGACAAGAAUGGCAAUGUCGUCACUGGUGGUAAUCUAUUCCGCAAGUACCUCCUCAAUCGUUGUCAGGAAGAGUUUGAGCGAGGGUGGAAGGUCAAUCUCCCACCGCAACCUGAAGGCAAAGGCGAAGAGGUCAUGCUUUCCGAUGAGUAUUACAUCGCUGCUGCCGCCAAGAGACGUGGCUUGGGUCUGGUCAGAUUCAUUGGUGAGCUGUUCAAGUUGUCCAUGUUGACAGAGCGUAUCAUGCACGAGUGUGUCAAGAAGCUCGUCGACUACGAGGGUACUCCUGAUGAAGCAGAAAUCGAGAGCUUGACAGGCUUGCUGCGCACUGUUGGUAGACAGCUCGACAGCCCUGAAAGCAAGGGUGCCGGACGUAUGGACGUCUACUUUGAACGCAUCAACGCGGUCAUCGUCCUUCCAGAUCUGCCGAGUCGUUUGAGAUUUAUGCUGAUGGAUAUUGUUGAUCUCCGACGGAAAGGUUGGGUCUCUAAGGCAGACGACAAGGGUCCAAAGACUAUUGCCGAAAUCCACGAGGAGGCCGAGCGAAAGAAACAAGAAGAUGAUCUCAAGAGACUGGCUACGCAAGGUGGCGGACGGGGUGGAGGCAGACUGCCCAUGGGCCGUGGCGAUGCCCGCAGCUUCAGCAACUUUGGUGGCCAAGUGCCGCCACCGGACAAUUCGAACCGAGUUGGGACCGAUGAUCUUCGAAGACUUGGCAAUCGCAAUGCUCGCAACCCAAGUCACACCGGAACUGGCUCGCUCGGCCCUCCAAGUAUGCUCAGUGGACGUACCAAUAGUGGCCGUCGUGGUCUUGGACCGGGUGGCUUGCUCAGCCGUGGAGAAGACAGUAACACAAGCAGCCGGACUGGAACACCACCAGCUGGUAAGGAUAAGAAAGAUGAAGCCAGCACGAAUGCUUUCAGUGCUCUCGCCGCCCUUGAAAACGAAGGACCUGGCUCACCGCCAUCGAAUCCCGCAUCUCCUCCCACACAAAAGUCGCAGCCGAAUAUCGAACCCGAACAGUCAUCAUCGGCGGAGAAGAAUGCCGAAUGAACUCGACAGCUCGAUCGAAAUUGUACAACAUUAUUCAAUGAACUCACUAAUAUUCGACGGCCGCUUGUGGGGAGGGUUGUGAAGAUGUGCAUUGAUACCCGGCGCGAGCCACAUGUUUAGCAUUUACAGCACAGCGGACCACUUUUGCUCUGGACAAAAAAUCUUCCGCCAUCGAGUUCACUCCAGAAGACUUUCGAUUCGACC